AUGGAAAAAAUAAACAAUGUAACUGUUUUCAUUUUCUGGGGACUUUCUCAGAACCCAGAGGUGGAAGAAGUUUGUUUUGUGGUGUUUUCUUUCUUCUACACAGUUAUUCUUCUGGGAAACCUUCUCAUCAUGCUGACAGUGUGCAUGGGCAACCUUUUCAAGGCUCCUAUGUAUUUCUUUCUGAACUAUUUGUCUUUUGUGGACAUCUGUUACUCCUCAGUUACAGCUCCCAAGAUGAUUGUUGACCUAUUAGCCAAGAGAAAAACUAUCUCCUAUGUGGGGUGUAUUUUGCAACUCUUUGGGGUACAUUUCUUUGGUUGUACUGAGAUCUUCAUCCUUACUGUAAUGGCCUAUGAUCGGUAUGUGGCCAUCUGUAAACCUCUCCACUACAUGACCAUCAUGGACCGGAAUAGGUGCAAUAAAAUGUUGCUGGUGACAUGGGUAGGUGGAUUCUUACACUCGAUUAUCCAGGUGGCUUUGGUGGUCCAGCUCCCUUUUUGUGGACCCAAUGAGAUCGACCACUACUUUUGCGACGUCCACCCUGUGCUGAAACUGGCCUGCACGGACACACAUGUUGUUGGUGUUGUUGUGACAGCCAACAGUGGGACCAUCGCUCUGGGGAGUUUUGUAAUCUUGUUAAUGUCCUACACUGUCAUCCUGGUGUCCCUGAGAAAGCAGUCAGCAGAAGGCAGGCGCAAAGCUCUCUCCACUUGUGGCUCCCAUAUUGCUGUGGUAGUCAUCUUUUUUGGUCCCUGUACUUUCAUGUACAUGCGCCCUGAUACUACUUUUGCUGAGGAUAAGAUGGUGGCUGUAUUUUAUACAAUUAUCACCCCCAUGUUAAAUCCCCUGAUUUAUACACUGAGAAACACAGAAGUAAAAAAUGCAAUGAAGAAACUAUGGUGUAGGAAGGUUUCCUGGGAGGCUAAUGACAAAUAA